AUGGCCGAGACAAGGCCAUCCGUGAGAGCGCAAGGCGCAAUACUUCUCACUCAUCACACAUCGGCAGAGGUGCCACAAGCGGGUAGCCUGUGGUUGACGCGCGCAAUUGAAAAUGCAAUGCUUAUUGAUACAAAGCCUUCGAUUACCAUAGAGAAUGUUCCAAAGUCGACCAAAAAACGAUUGUGGUGGUCCAUUCUACUCCGAGAUCGAAGCAUCUGUAUCGGUCUCCGUCGUCAGCCCCAGAUCGCAUCGCAUAAUCUUCAUGGUUGUCGUGAUUGGUUGGGAGAAGAGGAUUUCGAACAGGAGAUGCAUGGCUCACCAUUCUACGACUACGAUGCGAAAACGAAACUUUUAAAGGCCCUGCAAGACCAAUGCCGCCUCGCUGUUCUUUUGACAGAUCUUGUUUGCCUGGUGUUUACUCCUCGAGUGACUACGAUAGCUUCCUAUUCAAAAGAGGCGUUUCGAGCCCUGAUGUGCACGGUUGAAGAUAUCAAGACAUCUCUCAUCUCCUGGGAAGCACAAGCACAGGCGCCGGUUAUCUUGGAUCGCAUGGCCGGAAACCAUGACCCUACCCUCACAACAAAGAACCUGACCUUCAUGUACUACCAUGCGGCUCGCAUCGACCUCGCGCAAUUCGCAGCGCUGGUGAUUGAGGAACAUCUGGCCUUGACAACGGAUCUCUAUAGGGAAGCUGUAUUUGGAAUCGGAAAAGACUUGAGUUCUGGAAUUCAAGGCUUGACAGCUGUCAUGGAGUAUUUUAGUAGGAACGGACAUGUCGAAAAUAUACCUUUGAGCGUACUGGGAUACGUUGGGAUGCCUCUCAUCCUAGCCGCAAUUGACCUGAAGCUUUCUCCGUCCUGUGACGAAAUGAAGAUCCGACAGAAGCGUCUGGAUGCCCUGAGUAAAAUAAUUCGUCUUUCUGAGUCUCUGUACGAUGUUACAGACUUUGUCGCGGCCGGAACCAAUCAUAUACUGCAGUUGGCGUACAUGACAACACAAAACUUCUUUCUUUCCGGUGAACCUCCAUCAAGAAUGAUAUGUGACAGUGUCGAGCAAAACCGGAUUGGGAACCGUAUGAACUCUGACUUUCCGAACUCGACAAGGAUCCGAAAUCAGACCCCUAUACGUGCAAAAUGCUGGCUCGAUGCUUUCUUGCGAUGCCCGCGCGCAUAUUUGUUGAUAUCGACUUCCGUGGAUUACAGCUUGGCAGUAGGUCGUCUGCCCUACGAUACAUCCCUCCCAGCUUUAGUUCGCGACAUUCCAGCAAUGGGAGCAAUAACGCAGCUUCCAUGGACUAUCGAUACGAGCCUGGGUAGAGGCACGUCUGUUCGUACGACUAGACGAGGGCCGUCGCCCCCGCACGAGUGUGAUGGAUCAGUCGACUCGGUUGCAGAAGUCUCGGUGGCAAAUACGCAAGCCCAAGAUAGAAAAGCGGUUCCUCAAGAGACGGAUGUGCAACACUUCCCAAACCCAUUGACAAUAUCCAGAAACUGGGAGCAGAGUGGCACAAGUGUGAAUAAACUCCCGCAGCUCAUAUUUGGAGCGAAAUUGCCUAAUCGGGAACAAUCAUACGAGCCCUUGACUAGUACUGUGAAUCUCGACUUCUUGGAUUUGGACAUGAACUUGGAGAGCGAGAUUGUCACUUGCUAUGACUCACCCAUUCGGACUUACGAUAAUCUCUGUUCUUUACCGCUAGACCUCGGAAGCGAAAAGGAUAUCUAUCCAGGGAAGCCCGAUCAGAAAUUUACUGAUAGUGGCCUAAAUACAAGGUUAACGGCUGAAGGCCUGGAAUCAAUUCUCUGCGAUUCCUUGCUCUACGAUGCUUCACGGGGUGCAGGCUAUUUCGAUGUAUGA